CCGUCCACCUGGGGCGUGCGAUGGGUGUGAGGUUUGUGCACCCACCUUGUGCUUGCGAUGCUGCAAGGUUUGCACGCCCCGGGGUGCAACGGGGAGGCCUCUGCAUGCAUGCAUACACGCACCAGGAGGAUGCUCUUUGCAAGCAGAAGGGGAUUUUUGCACGCAUGUGUGCACCAGGAGAGUUCUUGCAAGUGUGGGUGCAACUGAGAGACUCUGCGUGCACACAUGCAUGCAAGAAGGAGGUGCUUUUUGCAAGCAUGGAUGCAAUCCAGAAGGUUUGCAUGCACGUAUGCAGCACCAUGAGACUUUUUGGCAGCAUGGCUGCAACGGGAAGAUUCUGCACAGAUAUGCAUGCAAGAAGGAGGAUGGUUUUUUGCAAGCACCAGGGGAUUUUUGCACACGUGCAUGCACCAGGAGACUUCUUGCAAGCGUGGGUGCAACUGAGAGACUCUGCGUGCACACAUGCAUGCAAGAAGGAGGUGCUUUUUGCAAGCAUGGAUGCAAUCCAGAAGGCCUGCAUGCACGCAUGCAGUAUCAGGAGACUUUUUGCAAGCAUGGAUGCAACUGAGAGACUCUGCGUGCACACAUGCAUGCAAGAAGGAGGUGUUUUCUGUAAGCAUGGAUGCAAUCCAGAAGGCUUGCAUGCACGCAUGCAGCACCAGGAGACUUCUUGCAAGCGUGGGUGCAACUGAGAGACUCUGCAUGCACACAUGCAUGCAAGAAGGAGGUGCUUUUUGCAAGCAUGGGUGCAAUCCAGAAGGCCUGCAUGCACGCAUGCGUGCACCAGGAGACUUUUUGCCAGCAUGGCUGCAAAGGGAAGAUUCUGCACAGAUAUGCAUGCACCAGGAGAAUGGUUUUUUUGCAAGCAGAAGGGGAUUUUUGCACACAUACGUGCACCAGGAGACUUUUUGCAAGCAUGGAUGCAACUGAGAGACUCUGCAUGCACACAUGCAUGCAAGAAGGAGGUGUUUUCUGUAAGCAUGGAUGCAAUCCAGAAGGCUUGCAUGCACGCAUGCAGCACCAUGAGACUUUUUGCAAGCGUGGGUGCAACUGAGAGAUUCUGCGUGCACACAUGCAUGCAAGAAGGAGGUGCUUUUUGCAAGCAUGGAUGCAAUCCAGAAGGUUUGCAUGCACGCAUGCAGCACCAUGAGACUUUUUGCCAGCAUGGCUGCAAUGGGAAGAUUCUGCACAGAUAUGCAUGCACUAGGAGGAUGGUUUUUUUGCAAGCAGAAGGGGAUUUUUGCACACAUACGUGCACCAGGAGACUUCUUGCAAGCGUGGGUGCAACUGAGAGACUCUGCGUGCACACAUGCAUGCAAGAAGGAGGUGUUUUCUGUAAGCAUGGAUGCAAUCCAGAAGGCUUGCAUGCACGCAUGCAGCACCAUGGGACUUUUUGCAAGCAUGGCUGCAAUGGGAAGAUUCUGCACAGAUAUGCAUGCAAGAAGGAGGAUGGUUUUUUUGCAAACACCAGGGGAUUUUUGCACACAUACGUGCACCAGGAGACUUCUUGCAAGCAUGGAUGCAACUGAGAGACUCUGCAUGCACACAUGCAUGCAAGAAGGAGGUGUUUUCUGUAAGCAUGGAUGCAAUCCAGAAGGCUUGCAUGCACGCAUGCAGCACCAUGGGACUUUUUGCAAGCAUGGCUGCAAUGGGAAGAUUCUGCACAGAUAUGCAUGCAAGAAGGAGGAUGGUUUUUUGCAAGCACCAGGGGAUUUUUGCACGCAUGCAUGCACCAGGAGACUUUUUGCAAGCAUGGAUGCAACUGAGAGACUCUGCGUGCACACAUGCAUGCAAGAAGGAGGUGUUUUCUAUAAGCAUGGAUGCAAUCCAGAAGGCUUGCAUGCACGCAUGCAGCACCAUGAGACUUUUUGGCAGCAUGGCUGCAACGGGAAGAUUUUGCACAGAUAUGCAUGCAAGAAGGAGGAUGGUUUUUUGCAAGCAGAAGGGGAUUUUUGCACACAUGCAUGCACCAUGAGACUUUUUGCAAGCGCGGGUGCAACUGAGAGACUCUGCGUGCACACAUGCAUGCAAGAAGGAGGUGCUUUUUGCAAGCAUGGGUGCAAUCCAGAAGGUUUGCAUGCACGCAUGCAGCACCAUGAGACUUUUUGCCAGCAUGGCUGCAACGGGGAGAUCCUACAUGCAUGCAGCAGGGGAUUUUUGCACACGUGCCUUGCAGGCCUUGCCCCAAAGCGUUGCUCCUGACUCACCGUCGCCUCCCAGCGCCGUCCUUGCUCCAUGCUGACCGUGUGCCCAUAGAUGCUCACUGUCACCUUCUUCACCAGCGCCACGUUGCCCCGUCCCCCUCCGUCGUGCUCCAGCAGCAC